CGUACCAAUAUGGCUGCCUCCUAAAGGAAAAUGAUUGAACUGUCACGGCGAGCUCUGCACAAUAUAGUAUGCUCUUUAUAAAUAUACAGUCUCAGCCUUUCGAAAUUUGUGGCAUAUGAUUUGAAAGAUGUUUAACGCAUCACUGCAUAGUUUAGGGGUUUCUGGUUCAAUGAUUCCAAAGCAAUGUUCAUCGAAAGACGUUAGGUUUGUCCUCUGUCUGCUGCGAGAGAACGCACAUCGUUCCUUGUCUACAAGUUCUUGCUUAUCUGGAAAAAAUCUUCCAAGGAAAAAGCCCCGAGAGCUACCUGAGAUCUCCGGACUGGAACGGAUUACUUAUGCCGAACGAAUGCACUACGUUCCCGGCUUGGCAAAGCCGAAGUUCCCCGUUUGGGAGCGAGGAUGGAACGACCCCAGACAGUAUCGCAUGCCGAAACAAGAAGAGAUGCCUCUGUACAAAGAAAAGCCAUGCUAUAUAUUUAAUCAGAGGACAAACGUGCUGGAAGGUGUGAGACAAGCUUUGUGGCUUACAAAGUCCAAAAUCAUUCAGGGGUUUCCUGCUCAGCUCCUGUCAUUGGUGGAGGACCCAGUAAAUCAGAUAGAGAAUCAGGAUGAGAGAGUCCAGAAUACCAUCAGCAACGCCAGAUUCUGGGACACGACAGAAAAUCGGCCUCGCCGAGAGCGUUUCUGCCCCACUCUCAUGCACAACCUGCUCCACCUGUGCGGAGGUCUGCAAGUCACUCAUCCCGCCCUGGCCAAGAGGAUGCUGGCAGACAAAUACAGCCUCUCAGCCAGCUGGACCAGAGGUGAGGAUCUGUUCCAGGUCCGAGGCCAGAAUGGCCUCUUGCUGAGCAGCACCACCCCACUUGCAGUGCUGGCCGGAGAGGAGGAGGUCCAGGCCACAGCUGACCAUGUUUUGGAGACCUUCUACCCCAUCUCCCCGACCAUUGACCUGCAGUACACCCAUGUCUACCAGCAGGAGAACUACACUGGGUUCAGAGAGGACUACCCUUUCCCUCAUGCACAUACCAUUUUCAUGAUGGAGACUGGGAACACCCCUAAGCUUUACCCCCAGCAGCUCCGGGCCAAGAUGAUCAUGUUUUCCUUCGGGAACGCACUGGCUCGUGCUCGUUCCCUGUAUGGAAAUGAGCCCAAGGUUUUGGAGAGACCCAUUGUGGUGCAGAGCAUUGCUACCAAUGGCCGCCUCUUCCAGUUUGUGGUUUUCCAGCUCAACACCACAGCCCUCGAGUCAGACAGCGGCGUGAAGAACCUAGUCUGGGUGGACGCUGACCAGGCGCUGUACGAGUUUGCCAAGGUCUGCCCCCUGAUCAAGAAGAAGGUGGUGCAGGUUCCUGCUGGUUUGUCAGGAUAUCAGCCUGACACCUUCAGCAAAUUCCUGGCACUGUACCUCAACGGAGCUGCAUGAUUGUCCAAAAACCAAGAACAGCUUUGCCAGACUUAUAAUUUUAAUAUUUUACGAGGAAAAAUAAACCCUAAAACCCUCAA